AUGGGCUUGAUGCAUCGAGUUUUCAAACUCUAUCUGGACCAAUUUGUCGUUGUGUUUAUCGAUGAUAUUUUGGUAUAUUCGAAAACCCGGGAAGAGCAUGUGCAGCACCUGAAGUUAGUUUUACAAACCUUAAGGGAUCACCAAUUAUACGCCAAAUUUAGUAAGUGUGAGUUUUGGCUGGAGAGGGUUUCCUUCUUGGGACAUGUAAUUUUGAAGGAGGGGAUUGCAGUAGAUCCGGCGAAGAUAAAAGCAGUGACCGAGUGGAAGAGACCUAAGAGUCCGACUGAGAUUCGAAGUUUCUUAGGAUUGGCAGGUUACUAUCGGCGAUUUAUUAAGGAUUUCUCAAAACUUGCCAGUCCUUUAACCAAUUUGACAAAGAAAAGUAACCGGUUUCUGUGGGAUGCCCAAUGUGAGCAGAGCUUUCAGGAGUUAAAGAAAAGGUUAACUAUGGCUCCUGUUUUGGCCUUGCCUAACGGUAAGGACAGUUUCAUUGUGUACACUAAUGCUUCGAAGGAAGGCUUAGGGUAUGUAUUGAUGCAAAAUAAGAACGUGAUAGUCUUUGCCUCUAGGAAAUUGAAGACCCACGAGCAAAACUAUCCCACUCAUGAUUUGGAGUUAGCCGCGGUUGUCUUUGCUCUGAAAAAGUAG